AUGGCCGCAAUCGCGCCUACUUCUAAGGAAGCCAAGAGGAGGGAGUGGUCCACUCAGCGUGGAGAAAGUUCGAGCCCGAACCAAGCCAUGAUCGCCGGUCUCUUCAGAGGCACCAAGACGGUUGUUCUGGAGGGCCUCGGCAGUGUUUGUCGGUACAUAUAUCGGGCCUCGCGUUGGCAGCACCGUGUAUCAUGCUUCUGGAUGGCGGCUCGAAAUCUCGCUACCCCGCGACGCCAUCAUCUGUGA